AUGGCUUCCUGGAGUUACCUCGCGAGGGAACCUGUAGACAAUGGUUGCCGCUCUUUUAGAUUCAAGCCUAGGAAGACACAGACAGGUCGCAGACCGGUUCCAUCGAAAUCCACGGCACAACAUGCUCCUGAAAACGGUGCACAGCCAUUUGAAGCUGAUGGACGGAGAUCUCAGUCACAAGACCAAGAGCAUAUAGGUGAAUUUGAAUCACCCUCGGAACUCGUCGUCGAGCCUUAUCUAAGUCUUGAAGCGUCGCUCGCGGACACCGCCAAUGACUUUGACGCAGGUCUUGAAACCAUCUUGGAUAGUUGUGUUGCAUACUUCAGCACCGGAAAUGACAAUGAUCCACAUGAUCUGCCAUCGGUCUCAGGGAGCAUUGCACGGCAACAACAAGAAGGCGAAGGCGACAACGAUAAUGACGAUGAUUAUGACGAAAGUGUAUCAGCCUCGACGAAAGACAUCGUGUCAACUAGCUCCCUUGGACAGUCCUUGCUCUUAGCUCUGGAGCCUGCAGAGUUACUUGUAUUUUAUGAUUCGGAGCUUUGCACUCUCCCUUUCACGCAUGAUUUCCCCGAGAAUCCACUCCGGUGCCUACGAAGCGUUUCGGCAGAGCCGAAGCACUUACUGCACGCCAUGCUUGCGUUCUCUUUGGAGCAUGUGAGCCGACUCAGCGACAAACUGCCUGGACCUUCGUUGACCGACCAAAUAACCAUCUACAAGCACUCAGCAGCAGAAUGCUAUGCGAUAACUUCGUCAGCUGCCUCAACCGCCGCCAAAAGGCAUUUGCUUGAUACUAUCUUUAUUCUCUUUGCUUUGGAUGCUUUCCUAUCAGCUUCUGGGCCGUGGGGUGCGCGCCUAGCGAAUGCCUACCAUAAAAUCGAGUCCAUGGGGGGUAUAAGUCUCACAGCGGCUUCGCCUAGGGCCCGAGCACAGUUGAUGAUGUUUGUUUGGUGGGAUUGUAGUAUCGCACUCGUUGCGCGUUCGAACCCCGUAUUUUCAUCGUUCUAUUACGACUUUGCGCUUGAAGAACAUAACGGCGCGACAUAUGACAUUUUCACAAUAAGUGGUGUACCAAAAGACCUGUUCCGCUACUGCAGAGAGUUGACUCAGAUCGCCAGCGAGAAGAGACAGAUAUCCAAGUUCAAAUACGCCGUGUUUGACAUGAGCCGAGUACUGGAGCUCGAAAAAAGUAUUCGAGAGUAUCCAGGAGGAGGUUUAGCACCGCAAGGAGAGGAUGGCGCCGAAGAACUGAUUGAAUGCUGGCACGACUAUUACAACGCCGCGAACGCCUGGAAGUACGCUCUACUGCUCUACAUCUCCAGGGUUUUUAAAUGGGAUCCCACCAGCCAAAUCCGUCUCUCUGAAUUCACGUCACUUUCGAGGCUGGUUUUGGACAGCGUACGGUGCUGCAGACCCGACUCUCCAAUGAGAAAACAAUUACUCUUCCCGGUUUUUGUGGCCGGUUCCGAAUCGCUAGACUCUUACUCAAGGUCCUUCGUUCAGGAAUUUUGUGACACAUGGUGCAAAACUAUUAGAUACUCAUUGUUUCCCGAUGCAUAUUCAGUUUUGCAGGAAAUUUGGGCACAAAGAGAUCUAAAUGCCAGCGACCCAACUGUGUGGUGGGGAAGUGUGAUAGACAGCAAACAGUUGGAUGGCUGUGGAUUUUUGUUCGGCUGA